AUGUACGGACAGUCCCAGCCCAUGAAUGUUCCAGCUCCGAUGGUCAAUUCUGGAGCCGACGUCUGUGAUGAUGUCUCAGCCUCCGUGUCCGUCGAUAACCACCAAAACAUUAGUUACGACACUCAUCCACUUGACAACGGCAUCGGAGUUGAGGGCGUCGCCACCGAUUCUAUUUACUCCACAGCCGUAGCCGCAGCAGCUUUGGCCUCUGACUUGGUUAUCGUUCAGCGAGCUGAGGAUUCCAGCCAGCUCACUCUCUCGUUUCGCGGCCAGGUCUAUGUAUUCGAUGCAAUUACUUCGGAUAAGUUCCAUGCGGUUUUAUUACUGCUAGGGGGAUGUGAACUGACUUCAGGUCCCCAUAUUGAAAUGUCAUCUCAGAACCUAAGGGGUGGUUUGGACAUUCCGAGAUCUAAUCAACUUCACAGGGCAGCUUCGUUAGAUAGGUUCCGUCAGAAGAGAAAAGAGCGAUGCUUUGAUAAGAAAGUCAGAUAUGGUGUUCGCCAGGAAGUUGCUCUUAGGAUGCAGCGUGAUAAGGGUCAAUUUACUUCCAAGAAGUCUGAUGGAACUAAGAGCUCGGGUACUCAGGAUGGUGAUAAACUAUCAGAUACUUCAUGUACUCACUGUGGCAUUAGCUCAAACUCCACUCCAAUGAUGCGACGUGGUCCAUCUGGUCCGAGAUCUUUGUGCAAUGCUUGUGGACUUUUCUGGGCAAAUAAGGGUACUUUGAAGGAUAUUCCCAAGAAAACUCGGGAUCAUUCCCCGCCUCUAGUCGAACAUAGAGAUAGUGAAGCAAAUGACUCAGAUUCUGGAACUGCUAUUCCUACUCAAAGCAAUGUAGUUUCUUUCUCAAAUGGUGAUGGCUCUGUGCUAAUUACCGAACACUAAUUGUCUGUGCUAAUAUGGUCAUUGUUUCAGGUAGAUCUUGAUUAGUAAUUUCCUUUAAACUUGUGCAAUAUGUACAGAUAUCAUAGCUGCCUUCAUAGGUAUACAAGGUUUCCCCCCUAUGUUCCUUCGUUUAGGGUACUUUUGCAUGAGAUUACCUCUUUGGGUGGGGAAAAAAGCCAUUCUGGAUGUUGUAUUACCCGAAGCUUCAUGUAUCUUAGCUUUUAUAAAUUCAUAGGCCGUACGAUCCAAUAUCUUAUCCCUCACAAGAAUUACCUUAGACGAACUAGCUAAGUCUCGUUUAUGUACUAAUCAAAAUGCAUAUUAGUUCAUGUAAAGGAUGAAUA